UAAGCAAAUAUAUGCACUCCUUUUCUCUUUGCCAAUGAAAUGAAUCAAUGGCUUCCGCCUCGGCUUUCAGUUUCAACAAUAGAGCCACCCGUAUGAGUCGCCGUAGCUGCAGCUACCGCCGCCUCCACCCUAAUGCUUCUCCGCUUACCAAAGGCAACGAAGACAACUACUUCAAGACUCUUCUCCACAAACACUCUUCCCCUUCUCUCUCCCUUAACCAACUCACCUUCCCACUUUCUAUCUCUAUUUCAAGAAUGCAAGUCGUCUUCACACAUUCGCUGUCUAUACCAACAAAUCCUAGCACGAGGCCUCCUCUCCCCUCUGCCUUCAACUUCUUCUUUGGAAUCUCCCUUGUCUCAACAAUUAGGCGCGGUCAUCGUGUCUUCUUACCUCGCUUGCAGUGCCCUUACUGAUGCUAUAACAGUUCUGGAGCGUCUUACACCCUCUCCAAUCCUAUGGUGGAAUCUUCUCAUCCGACAGAACGUCCAAACCUGCAAACUUUACAGCGCUUUCUCCCUUUGUUUCCGGCUGCGGCAUGCCGGAGCGAGGCCGGAUCAGUACACUUUCCCGUUCGUCCUUAAAGCUUGUGGCGAGCUUCCAUCUUACCGCAGAGGAACUCUCGUCCACGCUCUCAUUUGUACCAGUGGCUUUGAUUCCAAUGUCUUUGUGUGCAAUGCUUUAAUUACAAUGUACUCCAGGUGCGGCGUUUUUGUGGAUGCCUGCCAAGUAUUUGAUGAUAUCACUAAACGGGGAAUAGAUGAUGUUAUUUCAUGGAAUUCCAUCGUGGCGUGUUAUGUGAAGGGAGGUAGUCCUCAGUUUGCCUUGAAACUUUUUGCAGAGAUGGGGAAUGGAGUUAGUGAGAGUAGUAGUAAGAGGUCUGAUGUUAUAAGCUUGGUUAACAUUCUUCCUACCUGUGCUGCUUUAAGAGCUUUGUUGCAGGCUCGGGAAAUUCAUGGCUAUGCUAUGAGAAAUGAUCUUUAUUGGGAUGUCUUUGUAGCAAACGCAUUCAUUGAUGUUUAUGCCAAGUGUGGGAUGAUGGAAGAUGCACUGAAAGUUUUUCAAGGAAUGGGAAACAAAGAUGUGGUUUCCUAUGCAAUGGUCACUGGUUACUCACAAAAUGGCAAAUUUAAUGAGGCUUUAGAGCUGUUCAAUGAGAUGAGAAAGAAUAAAAUAGAAUUAAAUGUUGUGACUUGGAGUUCAGUGAUUGCUGGAUAUGCUCAACAUGGUCAUGGCCAUGAGGCUCUUGAUGUUUUCAGGAAAAUGCAGCUUGCUGGUUCUAAUCCUAAUUCAGUCACCAACAUCUCUCUGUUAUCAGCUUGUGCUUCUGUGGGAGCACUGUCUCAAGUAAUGGAAGUACAUGCUUAUGCUCUUAGAACAUGCCUUUUGGUUUCAGAUGAUGAUUGUGAUGAAGAAGAAGAUCUCAUGGUGCAAAAUGGCCUUAUAGAUAUGUAUUCAAAGUGCAAGUAUUUCAAUUCAGCUCAUUUGAUAUUUAGUUCCAUACGACUGAGUAAAAGGAAUGUGGUAACCUGGACUGUGUUAAUUGGUGGUUAUGCUCAGCAUGGAGAUGCCAAUCAUGCACUUGAGCUCUUCUCAACCAUGUUAAAAGAUGGCUCUUCUUCCCCUAAUGCUUUUACCAUAUCAUGUGCUCGAUGGUCAGUCCUGCAAUUUGGUCGUGAAAUCCAUGCUUAUGUCUUCCGAAAUCAAUCUGAGGGCGAGAUACUGUUUGUUAACAAUUGUCUUAUUGAUAUGUACUCAAAAUGCGGUCAUAUUGAUGUUGCCCAUAAAGUCUUUUAUAGAAUCCCUGAAAAGAAUUAUGUAUCUUUUACAUCAUUCAUGACAGGUUAUGGAAUGCAUGGUCGCGGAGAAGAUGCCUUAUCAAUCUUUGCAGAGAUGCAAAAAUCUGGUCUUUCUCCUGAUGGUGUAACCUUCCUUGUCCUCCUCUAUGCUUGUAGCCAUUCUGGCAUGGUUGAACAAGGGUUAAGGUAUUUUGAAACCAUGGGUAAGGACUGUGGACUAGUAGCUAGUUCUGAACACUAUGCUUGUCUUAUUGAUCUGUUAGGCCGUGGUGGUAGACUGACUGAAGCGUGGGAGAAGAUAAUUAAAAUGCCUAAAGAACCUUCUUCUGUUGUCUGGGUGGCUUUACUUGGUGCUUGUAGAAUUCAUUCUGAUGUUGAACUUGCUGAAUAUGCUUUUAAGCAGUUAAUAGAAUUAAAAUAUAUAAAUGAUGGAACUUGCACUCUUCUAUCCAAUAUAUAUGCUAAUGCAGGGCUUUGGCAAAAUGUAGCCAGAAUUAGACUUCUGAUGAAGAAAUCUGAAAUAAAAAAGAGACCAGGUUGCAGCUGGAUUCUGGGAAAGAAGGGUACUGUUACAUUCUUUGUUGGAGAGAGAUCCCAUCCAGAGUCUCGGGAGAUAUAUGCUUUACUUGGAAUAUUGAUAGAAAGAAUCAAAGCUUUAGGAUAUAUUCCUAAAACAUGCUUUGCUUUGCAUGAUGUUGAUGAUGAGGAAAAAGGUUUUCUUCUUUCUGAGCACAGUGAAAGACUAGCAGUUGCCUAUGGGAUCCCUUCACCUGAAGCUACAAUUCGUACAACAAAGAAUCUGAGAGUCUGCGGUGAUUGCCAUAGCGCCAUAACAUACAUCUCCAUGAUUGUUGAUCAUGAAAUCAUAUUGAGAGAUUCUAUUCGCUUCCAUCACUUUAAGAAGGGUUCUUGCUCCUGCCAAGGAUUCUGGUGAGCUUUUCAUUGAAAAGAGUAAUUUAGGAAUUACACUUACUUAUUGCUAAGAGCAGGGAAUAUGAUUUUUGUAUUGUAUUUUACUUUGAGUGAAAGACAAUCUUCUCUCAUUUGGUAUCAUGAAUUUCACAUAUACAUGCCUGAAGUUUCAUGAUUAACACAGAUCCCAACGUUCAGAUUCUCUACAGUUGAGGCGGCUGCAAUUAGAUCCAGACAAAAUCAGUAUUGUUUAACAAAAUUAAACUGGAUUAAUCCCAACCGUACAUAUCUUACUUGUAGAAUUCGAGCUGCUCAAACUAUUAAAGGGUAGUUUGAGAUGUGGAAAAUGUGCAUUCCUUCCCAAAAUCAGUUAUUUUUGUCGUCUUAUCUAU